AUGACAAACAAUCAACUUGAUUCAGGUAAUUCACCAAUAAUGACAACAGCUUCACCUCCACCAUACAUAGUAUCUCCAAAAACAUACUAUGCCAAAUCACGACAUCCAAACUAUUCAUCACUAGACCAAACAAUACAAUCACAACCACAAUCUCGAACAGCCACACCGUCAAGAUCAUCAUCACCUGUCCCUCCCGUCGAAGAAUUAGUAUAUGACUGUUUUUUACAUUCAAUAGGGAAAUUACAAGACCCAAAUAGAAUCAAAAUGACUCAAGCAUUCACCGAUUAUGUUUCAAAAACCCACAUCACAGAAAACUUGGAUUUUCUAGUAAAUUUACUCAAAUACCAACAUUGGUUAGAACAAAUUCAUGAAGCAAGCCAGCUUUACUAUCACAAAUUGGUCAACAGUUUAAGCGACUUAAAUAUAUCCCACCAGAUUUCUCAAGAGAUUAUUGCCUCUGAAGAUAAGAGUCCUAUGGUUUUUGCAAAAGCAAGAAAGCAAGUUAUGCAACUUUUAAUGGAAAAUUGUACAGAAUUCGGCUCAUAUGUAAGAAAGCAACUAAGAGAAGAAUUACGUACUCCUCAAGAUUCACCAAAUUUAUCUCCUAUUUCACCACCAUUCUCACCGACAUUUUCCCCUACUGAACUCCGAAACAAUCCCGUUGUACCAUCCAAUAUACCGAGAUCAAAGCCUAGGAAUAUAACCACAGUUUCCAAUGGCACAAAAAGUGCACUCAACAGCAACCAAACCAGUGCAGAGGUGUCAUCCAACUCAUCAUCUGUUUCAUCCACAACAUCAUUCUUGGGUCAAUUAAAAAUUGGCAAAGAAGCAACAGCUACAACUUCAAGUUCAUCUUCCUUAAAAUUUUGGUCAAGGAAGAAGUAA